UGUGUGUGUGUGUGUGUGUGUGUGUGUGUGUGUGUGUGUGUGUGUGUGUGUGUGUGUGUGUUAAAUUCUUUUUCUUCCCACCAUUACCUCGAAAACACAAAUACAAAAAAAGAAACAGAGAGAGCGAGAGACAGGAAGAGGGAGAAAGAGAGCAGGGACAGACAAGGAUGAAAAAGUGAGAGGGAAAAGAGAAGAAAGAGAUAAAAUCCAAGAGCAUGAGAGAAAGACGAGUAUGAUGUGAGUCGACUGUUAGUGCUGAAAAAAGGAUAAAAAUAAAAUAAAAGCGGCGCAGAGGGAAACAAAUAGAAUUAAAAGAGAGAAACAGAGAUAGAGCGAGCCCAGGGGAGGCGUGGGACAUGCAGGGCAGGUUAUCAGUGGCCAAAAAGAGGACAUGAAGUAGAAUGCAAAGCAGCAGCAGCAGCAUGAAAGCCGACAUCCCUUCCCACUCACCCGCCCCCUCCCCCCCAGCCGCCGCCGCCCUCUGCCCCGCCGCCGCCACAGCCGUCGCCCACCUCCCCGUCCCCGCCGCCGCCUCCCAGCAGCCAGUCACACACGCCGCAGAUGGUACAUGAGCGCUGAUUGGCUGAAGGAUUAGCCAGUAGGAUGCUGCCCACUAACGUCGUGUCCUUCGUCAAAAAGAUGGUGGCGUCGGAAGGGGGCGGCGGGGGCGACGCGGGGGGCGCAGGGCUGGGGGGCCGCACGGACACCGCCGAUUCUGGGACGACGCUUUCCAAGAUCAGACACACACUCACCUCGGGGAUCCACGGCACAGUCACCAAGUUGUCCCCCACGAGAUCGGCCGCGCCCAACGCCCACCCCGACGGCUGCUCCAUCUCGUCCUCGUCCUCGUCCUCGUCGGCGGGCGUGGUCGGGGCUCAGACGGCCGCAGUGUCAGUGGAGGAGCGCUCGCUACUGCAAAAAGUGUGGGACAAGAAUGAGCGGUUUGACCCCUCCGACCCCAGGAUAUUCAAGCCCCCGCCCAUCACCACGCCCACAGCGCCCUCGGUGGGGAACAUCGGGGGCGGGGGCGGUGGGGGAGGUGGCCUGUCCCCCCUCACCUCCCCCGUGGGCGCCGGGAAGCAGGGCGACGGGGCGGGCGGGAGCGUCGUGUCCUUCUCCACCCGGGCCCAGAGGUCACCCGGCUCCUCCUGCAGAGUGUGUGUCAAGACGCUGAAAGACGCUGAGUUUUUCAAGGUGUGCUCCGAGUGUGGCAACAAAGUGUGCGAGGACUGUGCCUCCUACUCCACCCAGUCCUCCGACGGCGACCAGGAAAAAUGGAACUGCAGCAUCUGCCGGCGGCGCCUCUCGUCGCGAGCCAAGAGCGAGCAGCCGUCGUCGAGUGAGGGCGCCACGCUCACCACCAGCGUGCCCCCCAUCAUGGCUGCCCCCAUGCCGCCCCCCAGCCCCGGCGCCCCCACUGCCCUCAGCCUCUUCAGUGGUCUGGCCAAGAUGGCGUCCAACAUGACCACCACCACCCAGCCCCAGCAGGCUGCAAACGCUUCCUCCUUCAUCGGGACCAGCACCCUGUCCAGCAGCCUAACGGUCAACACUCAGCCCAGCACCCUGGGGGCCAGCAGCACCCUGUCCACCACCCAGACCAGCACCACCCAGCUCAGCACCACCUCGGCGGCCAGCACGCAGCCCAGCAUCACCCAGCAGCAGCAGCAGCCAUGCCUCACCACCACCACUGCGCCCUCAACGGGGGAAGCCCCGCCCCCCACCACCAACGGCUACGCCCCCCGCAAGGUGUCCCGCAGCAGCAUCAAGCAAACGUCGCUGGACCGCACCAGGUCGAUAGAACGGUCCAGGUCUCGGGACGAGUCUCGGGACCGCCGGCCGUCCUGCGUGACAGCGCCGCUCGACACGCGGCGGCCGCGUGACAGGUCGCGGGAAAGGGCCGCCGUACCGCGCCGACGCUCCGACAACGACGACGACAACUUGCCGACGCCGAGCCGGUCCACUUCGGUGCGUCGCGGCCGGAUGAGCGACUACAUGUUGCGCGACGGCACGGACGACUACCUCAACUUCGGCGGGAUCAGUGCGGCGCACAGCGAGACCGACGUGUCCCGCUCCAGGAAGACGAGCCAGGCGGGUCUCCAUAGCAUGCGCCCGCUGGACACAAACGUGGCGAGAACAGCGGCAGAGGACGCGUCGCUGAUGCGGGAGUCCGAAUCUUCAGGCGACGAGUUGGCGGCGAACAACUGGCAGCAGCGAGGCCGACGACGCUCCAUCAUCCGCCAAAAGUCCUACGAGGAGGAGGACGGCGACGGCGAGACCUUCACCAACAACGCGGCCAACUCCCUCUCGCUGUGGGGCGGCGGCGAGCCUCCCGUCCGCCGCCACUCUACGCAGGACCCCUCGCGGCGGGACGAUUCCUUGGAGGCGCGCCGCACCCGUGACUCCCUGGACGUGCCGCACAGCCGCGUCCACCGCCACCACUCCUGGGACUACGACGUCACGCGCGACACCCUGCCCAUCACGGGCAUCAUGAGCGUCUCGGCCUCGGGGUCUCGGCACAGCAGCGAGAGUGACCUUAGCAGCGAGGCGCCCAGCGAGCGGGGCUCCACCACGGCCCUGGCGGACGACCCUCAGCGGCGCUUCUCCCGCGCGUCCAUCACGCGGCGCGUCUCCUACAAGACCUCGCGCGGCGGCGUCAAGAACAGCACGGACGCCCCCGACCCCUACGACGCCGACGACCAAGGUGUGAUUGACUCCUCCCCGUCACCGCUGUCCCCCGAGGUGCCCAUCCCCGGCGGCGCUCCGCAGGGCUCCCCGCGGCGUUCAGGCACGUCCAGCCUGGAGGAGGAGCAGUGGCUGCACCCCGCCGAAGAUGAGUACCGGUCCACGCGCCGCCGCUCCUCAGCUGUGUCUGAGAGUGGGCGGGUGUUGCCCACGCCGCCCGCCUCCCCCCGCGGCACCAUGUACCCGGCCACGGCCCCGACGCCCCCCAGCGGAGGUUCCCGCAUCACGCAGUCGUUGGAGGUGAGCCCGGGGCGUGACGGCGAGGACGGGCUGAGGCGGCAGAGCUCGGUGACGGAGGGCGAGACCAUCCGCAUCGUGAUCCACGACGUGGACAUCGACCACCGCAAGGCCGGGGCUCAGGAGAAAGGCAGGAGACGAGUCAAGGUUAUGCGGGACAUGUCUGACGCGGCGCAUAGAACGCGCGGCCUCGGCAUGCGAGUGGUGGGCGGCAAGGUGGGCUCCGACGGUCACCUGUUUGCCUACGUGGUUUGGACGGUCCCGGCCGGCCCAGCGGAGGCGGCGGGCGUCGUGCAGGGGGACAAGGUGCUGGAGUGGAACGGCGUGGGGCUGACGGACCGGAGCUUCGAGGAGGUGUGCAGCAUCAUGGAGGAGGAGGUGCACCCCCAGGACGAGGCUGUGCACCUGCUAAUUGAACACUCCAAUGACCUACGCUCCCUUGAUUACGGCGAUGAGCACAGUGCCUUAGUUACGCAGAAGAAGGGAUCUCUGGAGGGCAGGACCCCCUCAGAGGGAGAGAACGACCUGGCUCAAUCCGCAACUUCUCGACGCAAGUUGCCCCGAAUACCAGGGGACCUGAUGCGCGACCCGGUGAGCGGCAAGCUCCAGGUGCAGCUGUGGUACGACCAGGACAAGUCCCACCUGAUCGUGACGGUGGUGUCCGCGCACGACCUACGCUUCAGGGACUCGGCCACCUGCGGACCGCCCGAGGCCUUCGUCUGCCUGCGUCUGUAUCCUUUCAGCGACAGCAAGAUGUACAGCACAGGCGUAGCGGAGCCCUCGUGCAAGCCCCUCUGGAACUCCUCCUUCAUAUGGGAAAACCUAGCAGUCGACUCCCUGCCCUGCCUCACGCUGGAGCUCUCCGUGUGGGACUACAUUUCGCACACAGAAAACGGCUUCCUGGGUGAGUCGCUAAUUGACUUGCGGCACGCUUACCUGGACGAGCGGCCCACCUGGUACCGCCUUCAGGAGCGCCGGUCUCGCAGCGCCAACGCCACGCCGCGAGGAUCCAUUGUGUCCUACGACUUCUCCAUUCCGUCUGUGAGGAGGCCGUCUGUCCGCUCUGGCUCAGAUGACGGGGAGGACAGCAGAAACUCCUCCCUGGACUCCGGACUCCUACAUCCUGACCUGGCGUGGCGAGAGUCAAGGUCGCACUCCAGACGGGGAUCUUCCUUGAGCGAACAGGCCGAGAACGAGGUGUACCAGCUGUCCCGCUCCUACCCCCACUCACUGCCCCAGUCAAGACGUUCCUCCGUAGCCUACCAGUCCUCCAGCCCGGAGUUCAAAGCUGAGGACCUGGAGGCGCGGCUGUCGGUGUCGAUGAGUCCCCUUGAGCGCCGCCGCAGCCACAGUUUUAGGUCCUCGACGCGCCACGAGUUCCUGACGACCGGCGACGAGUACCCGAGGCAGCGGCGGGCGUCCCACAGCGCCAUCAUCAGCAGGUCCCACUCGGUGAAGGGCAGCAGCGACCACUGGUACAAGAAAGGAACCCCCAGCAACGGUCGGCCGGAAGAGGAUGGAAGAUGGAGCGUGAGCCAGGACGACGCAACUCCUGACCUUGGCCCGGGUCAGGUAGUGCCUCGGGGCUAUAGGGACAUCCUCACAGAUGACUUCACGCUCGGGGAGAUCCACCUGGCGCUCACGCUGACCAAGGGCCAAUUGGAAGUCGAGGUCAGGCACGCGCGGGGGCUCCCCUCGGCCGCAUCGGGGCAGGAACCAGACACCUACGUGAAGACCUAUCUGAAGGACGGUGAUCGCCGCAUAAACAAGCGUAAGACUCGGGUCACGCGCCACUCCCGAGAGCCCGAAUACAACCAGACCCUCCGCUACGCCGCUAGCGACGCCCUCGGCCGCUCGCUGCUCGUGAUGGUGUGGGAGCGGCAGCGGGGCUUUGAGCACAACAUCGGCAUGGGGGUGGCUGAGGUCAACCUGUCCAAGCUGGAGGGAGGCCAGAAGACGCUGGGUGGGUGGUACCGCCUCCUGCCCGUCAGUAGCGUGGUCAGGGUAGACUCGGACUCCGGGGACAGCGUGCGCUAAGGACGGAACGCCUUGACCGCACCCACACCCACGACCCUUCUGCUUUCCCACCUCCACCUCGUUCGCCUCCUCAGUCCGCCGGAAGGAAGGAAGGAAGGAAGGAAGGAAGGAUGGUGGUGAUUGCGUGACUUCAGGGACGCCGUGCGCUAAGAAGGGAACGCCUUGACCACGCCCACAGAAACGCCCCUUCUUCUUCCGCCUCUCCACCUUCUCUUCCGCUCCCAAGUCACUUCGGGAGGACGGAGGGCGGGUGGUGACUGGGCGACCCCUCGUCACACACACACACCUCUACGACCACCGCCUCAAGGAGCAAACACCCUCGACGACCUACUAGUGUCUCAUGAUGUAUAUAGUGACAGGAUAAGGCUGUUCACCUCUCAUAACUACUACAAUUACUACUACUACUACUACUACUACUACUACUACUACUACUACUCAAGACUAUCAGCAGAUUAUGAAAGCGGCGAUGGGUAACUCUAACAGAAGCACAUUAAUCAAGCCCCAGGUGACACGGUAGUGCAGGUAACUUCCUUCCUCCUCCUCCUCCUCCUUAAUUAAUGACCCUGCGAGCCACACCUGGAAGGAUCUGUUCGGUGCUAGUUAUGAUUCACCAAAAAAUAUGAAAAACAAAACAAAACAAAAGGGCGAUACCUGUUUACCUGUGCUAUGAUUCAGAAGUUAUGACUCUUUCUUUCUA